AUGUCUAUAAGGAGUAUCAUUAUCAUCCCUUGGACACAGAGGCGACCGUUAGAGCUCACAUUAUGUAACGAGGUUCAUAUUCCGUUAGCAGCAAACGAACCCUCUUUUUAUGUGACUUCCUUUGGAGAUGCGCACCAGAGCUACACCAUAGUCUUCCGUGCUGAGAACAGGUUGCUACAAGAUGCAGAGCGGGAGGAAGUCGAGGGGGCUUAUCUAAAAUUACAUAGUCGCCCGUGUGGGCAUCAAGUAACACUGCACGUCAUACUAAGUUAUAUUACGACCGACGCCACCCAACCCAGAAGAACCACAACUCUUACACUCACUAAUGCUUCUAAAGGCACACGCGAUUCUCAGCGUUUACCUGAUGGUGUGGCCUACAAGUGCGUGUGUUCUGUCCCACAUGGUGGGUCCAGUGACCUCGACCUCACCAGUGUGGACGGCUACGCUAAAAACACCAGCACACUCUUGAGACGUGAACGGACAAAUGGGGUGAUGUGA